AUGGCUACAGCUUACGCUCCCAUGGCGAGCCAGGUGAUGAAGAGCAGCCUGGUGCACUCGAGGCCGAGGGGUCUGUCAGGCGCUGCGCUCACCAGGCGGCCCCGGUUCACCGUCAGUGCCAUCCAGCCCGAGAAGGCAACGUACCAGGUGGUGCAGCCCAUCAACGGCGACCCGUUCAUCGGGAGCCUGGAGACGCCGGUCACCUCGAGCCCGCUCGUGGCGUGGUACCUCUCCAACCUGCCGGCGUACCGCACCGCCGUGAGCCCGCUGCUGCGGGGCAUCGAGGUGGGCCUGGCGCACGGCUACCUCCUCGUGGGGCCGUUCGCGCUCACGGGCCCGCUCCGCAACACGCCCGUGCACGGCCAGGCGGGCGCGCUCGGCGCCGCGGGCCUCGUCGCCAUCCUCAGCGUCUGCCUCACCAUGUACGGCGUCGCGUCCUUCAACGAGGGGGACCCCUCCACGGCGCCCACGCUCACGCUCACGGGACGGAAGAAGGAGGCCGACAAGCUGCAGACCGCCGACGGAUGGUCCAAGUUCACCGGAGGGUUCUUCUUCGGUGGCAUCUCCGGCGUGCUCUGGGCUUACUUCCUCCUCUACGUGCUCGACCUCCCCUACUACUUCAAGUAG